GAAUACUUUCUGAAGAUUACCUGACAGUUAUUUUGUCGUCAAAGAAAAGUAUGUAGCGCGCGUGCGCGCCCCCUGAUCUACGCAUGCGCGGCGACAGUGUUUGAUCCAUCUCCGCCGGCGAAUGAACAGAGGACAGAGGAUAUAAACCUAAAUCAGUUCCGUCAAUACACUUAAGUUCGAGCCCUGACUCAUGGCCCAGUUUGGGGGACAGAAGAACCCACCGUGGGCGGCUCAGUUCACUGCCACGGGGGUGUCCCAGCCCAGCCACUCAGGACAGUCCCUGGACCUCAACAGCCUACACUCUCUAGGUGUGCAGCAGCCAUCUCUCCUGGGUGCGUCUCCCUCUAUGUACUCCCAGCAAUCGGCCCUGUCUGCAGCCUCCCUCAACUCCCAGUCGUCCGCCUCCAACUACCAGCUAUCCCAACAGACUGCAGCCCUGCAGCAGCAAGCCGCAGCUGCCGCCGCUGCAGCACUGCAACAGUCUCAAAUCAACUCGGCCUUGCAGCAGUAUCAGCAACAACAGCAACAACAGCAACAACAACAACAGCAGCAGCAACAACAGCAGCAGCAACAGCAGCAGCAGCAACAGCAGCAGCAGCAACAACAGCAGCCGCCUCCUCAGCAGCCGCCUCCUCAGCAGCUCUACAAUGUACCCCAUCAGCAACAUCAACAACAUACAGACUCAUACGGGCAACAUCAACAACAUACAGACUCAUACGGGCAACAUCAACAGCAUACAGACUUAUACGGGCUCCCCCAGCCCCAGCAAGCACUGCUUUCACAGAACUGGAGUGGUGAAAACAAAUUCCCGCCCCCCGUGGCUCUCCCCACCAGCCUCUCUCUGUCCAACCCCCAGCAGACAGCCCAGAUCACCGUGUCCUACCCCACGCCUCGCUCCAGCCACCAGCAGCAGAGCCAGCAGCAGAGCCAGCCCCAGAAACAGCGCGUCUUCACCGGCGUUGUCAACAAGCUGCAUGACACAUUCGGCUUUGUGGAUGAGGACGUCUUCUUUCAGCUCAGUGCGGUGAAGGGGAAGACCCCCCAGGUGGGUGACAGGGUCCUAGUGGAGGCCGUGUACAACCCCAACAUGCCUUUCAAAUGGAACGCACAACGCAUUCAGACCUUACCUCAGCUGGCCAACCAAUCGCUUCAGCAGCAGCCCCAGUCCUUACCUCCAGUUCCCCCACAGCUGAGCAGCUUUUAUGCUGACCAGGGGAUGCAGCAGCGCUACUCAGACAUGCACUCCGUCGGCAUGGACAACAGACAAAAUAGCCAGCCUCCAGGCCCUAAUAUGAUGAAGCCGGGUCCCAACAUGCUCCAGUCUCUGCCUCCCCCCACCAAUUUCAAUGUACAGGCCCAGGGUCCCCCUCCUCCCCUGCUCCAGGCCCAGCUCUCUGCUGCCUCCUUGGCCCCGCUCCUCCAUAACCCCCCUCCGCCCCUGCUAUCACAGCCACCACCCAAAGAUGUGUUCUCAGGUGGUCUUCUUCAGCCCCCAGUGAGGAUGAUGCCUCAGCCCGUCCGGCGUCUGGACCCCUCCCCCCGCUUCCCCAACCGUAUCGACCGCCCUGAACUCAUCCUCAGGACCAAGGAUGAACGCAGUCGUGAAAGAGACCGUGAGCGCAGGAGGUCCAGAGAGCGCUCUCCCAUACGUAAACGCUCCAGAGACCGUUCUCCGAGACGUGAUCGCUCCCCUCGCCGCCCUCGCAGGGUGGUGCCUCGCUACACCGUCCAGUUCUCCAAGUUCAGCCUGGACGGUUCUAACUGUGACAUGAUGGAGCUGAGGAGACGCUAUCAGAGCCUGUACAUCCCCAGUGAUUUCUUUGAUGCUGUGUUCACCUGGGUGGAUGGCUUCCCCCUGCAACGGCCCUUCCAGUUCGGCAACUACUGUAACUUCCACAUCAUGCACAAGGAGGUGGACUCUCUGGUCAAGAACACUGCGGUGCUGGACCCUCCCGAUGCCAACCACACAUACAGUGCUAAGGUGAUGUUGCUGGCCAACCCCAGUCUAGAAGAGCUCUACCAUAAGUCCUGUGCUCUGGCUGAGGACCCUCAAGAACUCAGAGACUCCUUCCAGCACCCCGCCCGCCUCAUCAAGUUCCUAGUGGGGAUGCGGGGUAAGGACGAGGCCAUGGCCAUCGGGGGCCACUGGUCCCCCUCCCUGGAUGGAGCGGAGCCUGAGAAGGACCCGGCCGUGCUCAUAAAGACAGCCAUACGCUGUUGUAAGGCCCUCACAGGCAUAGACCUGAGUCUCUGCACUCAGUGGUAUCGUUUUGCAGAGAUUCGCUAUCAUCGCCCUGAGGAGACUCACAAGGGGCGGACAGUGCCCGCACAUGUGGAGACAGUGGUUUUGUUUCUUCCGGAUGUUUGGCAUUGUCUUCCUACCCGCUCAGAGUGGGAAGGGCUGUCGCGGGGACUUCGGGAGCAGCUGGCUGAGAAGCUGUCCGCGGAGCGGAAGGAGGCUGACGGAGAACAGGAGGAAGAGGAGAAGGAUGAAGAAGAUUCCAAGGAGGUGACCACCCCGACACACUGGACUAAGCUUGAUCCGAAAUCAAUGAAGGUGAAUGACCUGCGCAAAGAGCUAGAGUCACGCUCACUGAGCUCUAAGGGGUUAAAGUCCCAGCUGAUCGCACGCCUCACCAAGCAGUUGAAAGUGGAGGAGCAGGUAGAGGAGGCCAAGGAGCCUGAGAAACCAGAGAGCCAGGUCCCUGAGGAGGAGGAGCCUCAACACAUGGAGGAAGACAGAGAGGAGGAAGAGAGGAAGAAGCAGGAGGAGUUGGAGCGCCAGCGCAGAGAGAAGCGCUACGUCCUGCCAGACCAGCCCACUAUCAUAGUUCACCCCAACUGGGCGGCCAAGAACGGCAAGUUUGACUGCAGCGUCAUGUCUCUGAGCGUGCUACUGGACUACAGGGUGGAGGACAACAAGGAACACUCCUUUGAGGUUUCUCUGUUUGCGGAGCUGUUUAACGAGAUGCUACAGAGAGACUUUGGCUACAGGAUUUUCAAGGCCCUGGCCUCUGUGCCUUGCAAGGAUGACAAGAAAGACAAGAAGGAUAAAGCCAAGAAGGAGGCAGAAAAGAAGGAGGCAGAGAAGAAAUCAGAUGUGAAGAAAGUGAAAGAGGAGGAGAACGGAGAGCCAGUGACAAAGAAGGCAAAAGAGGAGGAACCGGAGAAGAAGGAGGAGGGUGAGAAGGAGGAGGAGAAAGUUCUGAAGGAGGAUUCUAUAGAUGCGGAAGAGAAGGAGGAGGAGGAUGAGAGCAGCAACACUAAUGCUGAGGAGUACGACCCUCUGGAGGCCGAAGAUGCUGAUGACGAUGACGAAGAUGAUAAAGACGAUGAGGACUCUAACGGCAGGGACAGGAGAGACGACCGCAGCAGCAGAGACGACAGGAAGUCCAAAGAACGGUCCUCUAAAGACAAGGAGAAGAAGCAGAUGGUGACCUACAACAAGGACCUGCUUAUGGCCUUUGUCUACUUUGACCAGAGCCACUGUGGCUACCUGCUGGAGAAAGACCUGGAGGACAUCAUGUACACACUGGGGUUACAUCUGUCUCGAGCCCAGGUAAAGAAGUUGUUGAACAAGCCGGUGGUGAGAGAGUCGUGUUACUACCGUAAACUGACGGACGCAGCUAAAGAUGAGUCUGCUCCUUCCUUCAGUGAACCCCUGCUAGACAACCUGCUAGGUAACCGUGCCUUGCUGCCCAUGCUUGUGUCUCGUGGCCAGGCAGCGCCAGUGGAGUCUAGUGAGUCUGGAGGCAGCAGCAGUCUAAUAGUGUAUAAUGGAGCCAUGGUGGACGUGGGCAGCAUCAUGCAGAAACUGGACAAGAGUGAGAAGGCCAGGGAGGAGAUUGAGCAGAAACUCAUGGUGCAGGACUCCAAGAUGGCCGAGGACACCAAGCAAAUCCUCCAGCUGGUAUCAGCCAACCGAGCCCUGUCUAAAGAUCUGGAGGAGGUGAAGGGAACUCUGGGCCAGACGGAGAACAACUUCAGAGCUACGGUGGAAGAGAAGACUGUCUACCACGACCAGCUCAGCAAGACACUCAACAACCUGGGCAACACCAUUAAGGAACUUCAGGGAGUCCUCAAGAAGGAGGUUCCCUCAGAAGCCGCAGCUGACCAAAAAUCCCAAACAACUAAUGGUUCAGACGAAUGAAAGAAUGAGUUGUGCAAUCGGACACACUUCUUACAAAUCCUGUACAUAUGCACUAAAAACCAGUUUCAUUUGUGUCUAUAGUAGUUGUUUUCUCUCUCAUGGCCAUACAUAGAUUGGCAUUGUGUGGGUGAAUCCCAAAGGGCACCCUAUUCCCUAUAUGGUGCACUACUUUUGAACAGGACACAUUGGGCUCUGGUCAAAAGUAGUGCACUAUGUAGGGAAUAGGGUGGCAUUUGGGACAUAAGCGUUCACUUAAUUAGUUCUAAUGUUUUUGAGUGACCUCACUGUUUCCACCUGAAAAUAAAAUGUUAAUUUCAUUGGUUUGAAAUCAGUUAGUUUGAUUCUCGGGUUAUUAUGAUGCGUUCUAAUUGUGAAACUAUUAAUAACUAUUUUGUUCAAAAUUGUGUUAAUUUCAUUGAGAAGUGCUUCUUUGCUUACGGUAUACAUUUUUUUUAUUUUUGUAGCUGCCUCAAUUGCUCAUGAUAAUUUAAAUGUUUUGUUUUAGUCUGCAUUGGUUUACUCGUUCAUAGCCCUACCCAAAUAGUAACACAACAUUGAUGCCAGUAUGUGUGAGUAGUACCUUAUAUCAGAUAAUUCUAAUUAGCAAUAAUGGUGUUAUUUAUGUUCAAGUGAAUUCAUAAAAAAAUAUAUAUUUAAAAUAAAUAAACAAUGAUAUUUAGAGGGGAGGGAUGAGGACCUUGAAGAUGUGUUUUUGAUGAGUCAACCGAAUGACUAUAACAUGUUCCUCCUCUUCUCCCUGACAGCUGAUCAAUAAAGUAAUUGAUCAUUUUGUAUUUCCUCAUCCUACUAAUCUAUGUAACUGACUAGACUGGCUGCCACUGUUUUGAGACAUGGGUUGUAUUCAUUAGGGAUCACUAACAAAGUAACGGAUUCUUAUUGGACACGUUCAGAUAGUACCUCCCCAUUUUGACCAGUUUGCUUCCGUUUAGUCCCCAAUGAAUACGACAGUAGUAUUGCAUGCAUCUCCUUAUGAGAAACCUCAGUCUCUUGAGGCCUCUUCCAGUAGCAAGCUUGUUUGAUCCCAGUAGUUGUGAGACCAUGGUAGUCAGUCAGUCGUGUGGUCUAUGUUACAUCUAUCCAGGGUGGGAUUGUUUAGCAUUGAGUUUGUUUAUUGAAAGUGAAGUAAAUGCAAAGCCAAACCAUAAGCUGAAUGUCUCAACUAACAUCAAAGGAACUGGAGCCCUAGGUCUCAUCCUGCCUUUUGACCACAGAUAGAAUGGUUGUGAUUCUAGACUAAAACAACAUGAGAAUACUACUGGAGUUCUGUUGUAGAAUUAUGGAUGUUCUAGAAGUGAUGUUUUCUGUUCUGGGGUUGUUGUAGAACUGUGUGAGGAGUUAUGAUUCUGUCCCUCAAUGGUUGGGCACCAGGUGUGGUGGUGUAUGUAUGCAUUUCUGGAUGAGAGCCUAACUUGAGACAUGAGCCCAAAGCAUAUAAUUUUUCUAUUGAAAAUGUACUGUAUGGCUGUCCUGUGCAGAAUUAAAGGAGUCCAUUUUAA